AUGACUUGGGGUGAUCUCGUAAAGAAAUUACUUACCUUCGAACAAUUUAAUUUUUUCGAUAUCUCUCAAGCUACAAACACAUUCAAUCUACAAGAUUAUUUUGCUCGACAAUGGAAUACAGCACAUCCACAUACAGCUGAUUGUGUAGGUCGUCAUCAACCUAUCAUCGAAGAAUCAAUUUCCGAUGAUUUUCUGGUGUGUUUGGUGAAUUCAGAUGAUCUUGAUGAUGAAUUCGAUCCAACACAUCCUAUUGAUGACUAUAAUACUUGCAUUUGUCCUAGUGAAAUUCGUCCUUAUAAAACUAAAAAUGCCUUGUGGUCCUUGCAAAAGGCAGUUCAGUUUACAUUUAAUUUAAUUAGAUAA